UUAUCGGUUUAUACUGGUUACCGGGCGACCGUCCAUAUAUAAACUGAUUGUUCAGCUCUUAUUUUCAGUCAGUUGGCUUGAGAUUCACCCGAUUGUAAACAUGAGAUCCCUUCUAUUCCUUACUAUUUGCAUGGCGUUUGCCACUUGCCAUGCUCUUCAUAGAAUCAAAUUACAUAAGAUGACCAGUGUCCGACAUGAUCUCUUGAGCAAGGGAACCUCCAUGGAAAUGUUGAAAUACCUCAACCCUCUUGUUUCCACCAGAUAUGGAGGUCCUGUUCCAGAGCCUCUGUCUAAUUAUCUUGAUGCUCAGUAUUAUGGUGUUAUAUCUAUUGGGUCACCACCUCAAUCCUUCAAGGUUGUCUUUGAUACUGGUUCUUCCAAUUUAUGGGUGCCUUCCAAGAAGUGCAAAAUUACUGAUAUUGCCUGUUUGUUACAUAACAAAUAUGAUAAUACUAAAUCUUCCACAUAUAAACCAAAUGGUACAGACUUUGCUAUACACUAUGGAAGUGGUAGCUUAACUGGUUUCCUGAGCACAGACACAGUAAAGAUUGGAGAGAUCGCUGUAAAAGAUCAAACAUUUGCUGAAGCCACAAAUCAACCUGGAAUUGUGUUUGUUGCUGCUAAGUUUGAUGGUAUUCUUGGAAUGGGAUAUGACACUAUUUCUGUUGAUGGAGUUGAACCUGUUUUCUAUAGCAUGGUGGAUCAAAAAGUUGUAGAUAGUCCUGUGUUUUCUUUCUAUCUCAACCGUAAUCCCGAUGCCCAGGAAGGUGGUGAAUUGAUUUUGGGAGGAACAGAUCCUAAACACUACGUUGGCAAUAUGACUUAUGUACCUGUCACUAAGAAGGGUUACUGGCAGAUUAAAAUGGACAGCAUAACAGUGAAAAAUAGUACAUUCUGUAAAGGUGGUUGCGCAGCUAUUGCUGAUACUGGUACUUCUCUUAUUGCUGGCCCAACAGCUGAAGUCGCUGAGCUCAAUAAGUUAAUUGGAACUAGACCUAUACCUGGUGGCGAGAAUCUGGUCGAUUGUGGUAGCAUUCCUUCAUUGCCUGCUAUAACCUUCACUUUAGGCGGUAAAAGUUUCACUUUGAGUGGCGCAGAUUAUGUACUUAAGGUAAAGUCAAUGGGAGAAGUUCUCUGCUUGAGUGGUUUCAUGGGACUUGACAUUCCAAAGCCAGCUGGACCCCUUUGGAUUCUAGGGGAUGUAUUUCUAGGACCCAACUAUGCUGAAUUUGAUCUCAAGAAUAACCGGGUGGGGUUUGCAAAGUCAAGGAACUAAAAGGAAAGAUCUGUUUAUAUUUUGCGUGCACUUAUAGUGGGUUCAUCUUUUAGUGUCUUUUUUUCUCCCCCACUCCCUCUACUUGCUUUGCUUCUCUGUUGAAGCUUCAAAUAGUUUGUAGGUUUCUUUUGUAGCUGCAUGCUUGGUUAAUCUGCAUGAGAACUUUUCCUUCAGUUUCAUAAAUCUGUCAAACUGCACCAGUACAAAUUUUCUUCUUGACGUUAUACUUUCUGGGGCGUUUUAAAUUAAUCCAAGUCCCCCCUCCUCCCCAUCAGUUCUAUGGUACAUUAAAGAAGUAUUGAGAUUACAAAGUUUUUUGUACUUGAAUGUUAAAUGAGUUAACAAUUCGAGUUAUGAAAGAGUAACAAUUUUUUUUUCACUCCCAAGUGUACCUAAUUACAUAUUAUCACGGUUCUUCCAAAGAGCUGCUUAAAGACUUAUUUAUAUGCAUUAAAAAAAAUUUAAUCUAGACGGGUGGAAUAUUGAAAAAAUUAUUUAGCAGCAUGGAUCAUCUCAUUAUUUCUGUUUUGCUUUAUUUGAAUAUUGCUUUGGUGUUUUCAUUUUGCAUGUAUCUUUUUUAGAUAUUAAUAUCAUCUCUUAAAAAAAAAUUUUUUUAUGGCUUUUUAAUUUUAAAAUAAUCUCCAUUAAUGCACUAUCAUUUAUUAUUUCUCACCAUUCUUCCAUCCUAUUAAAAUUCCAUUCAACUUCUUUUUAAUUUUCUCUUUUUUUUAACCAUUCUAUGAAUAAUUUUGUAAUAUAUAUUAGUUUUAAUUACUUUAAAUUAUUACUCAUCAAUGUGGACAUGCCAUUAUCUCGCAGGUAACUCAAGCUGGACAGACAAUUUGUUUAAGUGGCU